CGCGGCGCUUCGCUUCUGCUGUCGUUUGCAGUUCAGUGGUUCACCUGUCUGACAGAUUCCUUUUCCGGUUCCUCUUUUGUGAAACGCAGCCGAAAUGAAAGCUAAAGGAGUGCUGAAAGAAUAUCAGGUGAUCGGGCGCAAGUUGCCCUCGGAGAAGGAUCCGAAUCCUCCUCUAUUCAAGAUGCAUAUUUUUGCUCCGGACCAGAUCGUGGCCAAGUCUCGGUUCUGGUAUUUCCUGCGGCAGCUGCGUAAGUUCAAGAAGGCCACCGGCGAGAUCGUUUCGGUGAAACGCAUUCUGGAGAAGACGCCGCUGCGGGUAAAGAACUUCGGCAUCUGGCUGCGGUAUGAUUCCCGAUCUGGAACCCACAAUAUGUACCGCGAGUACCGUGAUCUGACCGUAGGUGGCGCCGUGACCCAGUGCUACAGCGACAUGGCUUCCCGCCAUCGUGCCCGAGCCCAUUCAAUUCAGAUCAUCAAGGUCGAAUCGGUGGAGGCCAGCAAGACGCGCCGUGCUCACAUCAAGCAGUUCCACGAUUCGAAGAUUCGCUUCCCGCUGGUCCAGCGGUACCAUCACAAGCGCUACCGGAAGCUGUUCUCGUUCCGUCGACCGGACACCUACUAUCAGUAAGAAAGAGCUUGCCGCUGCCUGCUGAGUGUAUUGUUGAUUCCACACUCUUAUUCUUUUUUCUGUUCCGUGAACCAGACGGAGAAGAAUGAGCGAAAAAUAUAGAGUAUGCAAAAAACUAA